AUCGCCAACACAGCACGGGAAUAUGCGCCGCCACCCUCCCUUCCGGUUCCGCUCUCGUCGUCGCGUUUCUUUAUUUGAGGCCAUUCACAUCGAAGUAAAUGGUAUCGCUUCCUUCUCGCUGCUUUAGUUUCUCGCAGGCGAAGGCACAAAACAACCCAACAAUGGGCGAGAGCAACGACGGUUCGAUCCUCGCGGAGUUCCUCGCUGUGGCGGUGGACGCCGCAAAGAGCGCCGGGGAGGUCAUUCGCAAGGGGUUCUACCAGACGAAGCAUGUGGAGCACAAAGGCCAGGUGGAUUUGGUUACUGAAACUGAUAAGGCAUGUGAAGAGCUCAUCUUCAAUCACCUUAAAAAGCACUACCCAGAUCACAAGUUCAUAGGUGAAGAAACAUCUGCUGCCUUUGGUACUGCUGAGCUAACUGAUGAGCCUACCUGGAUUGUUGAUCCACUUGAUGGAACCACUAAUUUUGUCCAUGGGUUCCCCUUUGUCUGUGUAUCCAUUGGUCUUGCUAUUGGAAAGGUUCCUACUGUUGGUGUUGUUUACAAUCCAAUAAUUGGUGAGCUGUUUACUGGAGUUCGUGGACAAGGUGCUUUCCUCAAUGGAAAUCCUAUAAAAGCUUCAUCUCAAAGUGAACUUUUGAAGGCUCUCCUUGUGACGGAGGUUGGUACGAAGCGUGAUAAAUCAACUGUUGAUGCGACAACUAACAGAAUCAAUAACUUACUUUUCAAGGUAAGGUCUCUUAGGAUGUGUGGUUCUCUUGCAUUGAACCUUUGUGGGAUUGCGUGUGGGAGGCUUGAUCUGUGCUACGAGAUUGGAUUUGGCGGCCCAUGGGAUGUGGCAGCCGGAGCUGUAAUUGUUCAUGAAGCUGGUGGAUUAGUGUUCGACCCAUCUGGUGGGGAUUUCGACCUCAUGUCUUGCAGGGUGGCAGCUUCAAACUGCCAUCUGAAGGAUGCAUUCAUCCUAGUACUUACGGAAACCGACUAGGAUCACUUUUACUUUACUGAAGAGGCUGCAAAAUCUCCGUGUCUUGAAGCAAGAGUUUAGAGAAGUCAGGCAAUAGGAUGCCAUUUUUUUUCAGACAACUCUGUCGUACCUGCAGAGAUAAAAUGUUCAAUUAAUGAUUGAUCAUUACAGCAAAUCAGCAUAUAAAUUUGUAGGUUCAACUAAUACCAUGUAAAAGAUCUAUGACAUUGCCACAAUGAUCAUGGCUUUUGGACGACGUA